CCCCUACAGGUGCAUUAGCUACCUAGCUAGCUAGCUAGCGUCUUCAGAAUUUAAUGUAAAAUGUCGGAUUGGGAGGAGGAUGACACCGAGCACGCAGCAAAACUGGUUCCGACUAAAUGGAAGCCUCCGACUGACGUUCCUCAAAUUGGAAAUGUUUCGUUCGGUGUACGAAAUAGAAACAAAUUCGGAGCUUGGACGCAGAAUGGAGAUGACCAUGGCGGCGGGAGGUUUGGCUGCCAAAGUCGGCUAAAUGAAGGCCGCUCUUUUACCCGGCGUUCCGAGCAAGGAAACCCGGGACGGCGCUCUUUUGGGGACUCAUCACCUGUCACCAUCGCCGUGGAAAAUGGCUUGGUGGGAAGAGUCAUUGGUCGUGGAGGAGCCAAAAUCCGUGAACUAGAGAAGACAACUGGUGCAAGUAUAAAGAUUAAUAAGGGGGAGUAUGCAGGCGAGGUGGUCAUCUUUGGAUCUCCUGUUGCCCAGCAGAAGGCCAAAGAGAUGAUAGAAGAGCUGGUGGCAGACGGCAACUCUCGAUUCCACAGUGCUUCCUCAAGAGGAGGAGGUGGAGGCAGAAGGGCUGGUUCCGUCUGGUCCAGUUCACAAUUAGAGGCUUCAGCUGUGGCCCCGCCACGUGUGUCCAUAGACUGGAGCAGCAUUCGAGAGAACAAGCAGAAGUAUGAAGAGCUGAAGUGGAAAGACUUGCCACCCAUGAAGAAAAAAUUUUAUGCAGAGGCUGAGAGCGUUUCCCUCCUCACAUCAGAAGAAGUUAGUAACUGGAGGAAGGAGAACAACAAUAUUUUUGUAGAUGACCUAACAGACAGCGGGAAGAAGCGCUCUAUCCCCAAUCCCUGUCGGACAUUUCUGGAGGCCUUUGAGCUUUAUCCAGAGAUCAUGGCGAACAUCGAGCGGGUUGGCUUCAUCAAGCCAACCCCCAUUCAGUCUCAGGCGUGGCCAGUGCUGCUGAGCGGGGAGGACCUGAUCGCAAUCGCUCAGACAGGAACGGGGAAGACUUUGGCCUACCUGCUGCCGGGAUUCAUCCACAUGGAUGGACAGCCCGUUCCUUGCUGUGAGCGGGAGGGCCCAGGCAUGUUGGUGCUGACUCCCACCAGAGAGCUGGCCCUACAGAUUGAAGAGGAGUGCAGCAAGUAUCGCUACAAAGGCUACAAGAGCAUCUGCAUCUAUGGCGGUGGAGACAGGAGGGGUCAAAUAGAUCUGGUGAAAGGCGGCGUGGACAUUGUGAUAGCCACGCCAGGACGACUAAACGAUCUACAAAUGAAUGAGCUCAUCAGUCUUCACUCCAUCACCUACUUGGUUCUGGACGAAGCAGACCGUAUGCUCGACAUGGGGUUCGAACCCCAGAUUAUGAAGAUUCUGCUUGACAUUCGUCCUGACCGACAAACGGUGAUGACCAGUGCCACAUGGCCCACCAGUGUGAGACGUCUGGCCAAAUCCUACCUCAAAAAUCCCAUGAUGGUGUAUGUUGGCACCUUGGAUUUGGCUGCUGUAGGCACUGUGCAGCAGACAGUGCUGGUUGUCCAUGAAGAAGAUAAAAAGUCAUACCUGUUUGGCUUCAUCAGAAACAUGCUGCCCGAGGACAAAGUCCUAGUCUUUGUUGGCAAGAAGCUCAUAUGUGAUGACCUGUCCAGUGACAUGUGUCUACAUGGUCUGGCUGUGCAAAGUCUCCAUGGCGACCGUGAGCAGUGGGAUCGGGAGGAGGCACUCAAGGACUUUAAAGAGGGUCGCGUUCGUAUCCUGGUAGCAACAGACUUGGCAUCCCGAGGGUUGGACGUCCACGACAUCACGCAUGUCUUCAACUUUGACUUUCCGCGUAACAUUGAGGAGUAUGUGCACCGCGUAGGCCGCACUGGACGAGCAGGACGCUCUGGAGCUGCUGUUACCUUGGUAACAAGAGACAACUGGAGGAUGGCACCUGAGCUGAUUCCCAUCCUGGAGCGGUCGGGGCAGGAGGUCCCAGUAGAACUGGUUCAAAUGGCAGAUAGAUAUGAGAAGCACAAGAGGGAGAAGGAGAUGUACAGUCCGAGGGAUGGAGGUGGUAGAGGACGAGGAGGCAGAGAUGGAGGACGAGGUGGCAGAGACUGCAGCCAUAAUUGGGGAUUGUAACCCAUCUUCCUUUUCAAAAACGUGACAGAAACUGAAGCCUGACGUCCGAAUUUGUGUUCAAUUUGCACCUUAUAUUUGUCUUUUUGACUCACAAGCUCAUUUUGUUAGCGGCCAUUAUGUUGGCAUCCAGCAUGUUUAAGCUGCACAGGUUUCUGUCUGUAUACAUUUACUAGUUUACGUCCCCAUAUUAUUCUGUUUAAUAAAGACACCUUUUAUUAUGUACGGACUGUGGACUCAGUAAUCAUGGCGUAACACUCAGAAAAUGACCACAGCUCAACAUGUUGAGUGGAAUCGUGUUUAAUGUUGCAAAGCGGCUUGUGCCAUUCUACAGUAAGGUGCAUUUGCGUAUCCAUUUUUUUUAAAUUAUCUCCACAGCAAGUGCAAAGUUAGCAAAGUGCCAAUGAAAGUGCUUAAAGAAUUAGGUGGCCUAUUUAGAGCCACUUAGGAAGGACACAUUUUGCCAUUUGUUUAAAAUGCUUUGUUAAAGCUGAACCACACAUAACAUGACGUUCUACUCGUCUACUUACUGCUCAGAAAAACAUACAGUAGUCUUUAUCUGCUUAUGCGCAGCGUCAUGUAAAAACAGAAAAGCGACACUAAUAAAAGACAACAUUCAUCAUGUAAACACACCAGUACCUGUAUUUGAGAACUAUAGAGAGGUGCUAGAUUGGAAUACCCCUAAUUGUACACUAUCACAGAAUGGUUUUGUCAUGAAUCAAAUCAACAGUGCACACUUAAAACUAUGUGAUAUUACAUUAUACUGUAUGUCAUGGUAAUCCAACUAGAAUAGGAUCUGAAUGUUUUUCUUUUCUUCGGAUGGUUUUGCGAUGCAUCGUGAUGAUUAACCAGUCUUUGGUUAUUAAGUUGAAGCAGCCAAUCGUAUGAUGGAGUCGGAUGACUGAUGUCCUGCCCUGGGAGACCCUGGGGUCGGCAGCGAAGCACAACAUUCAUUUGUUCCUCUGGGCCUUCUGGGCAGAUUUGGUGAUUUUUCCAGUGGUGGAGGCCUUCUUCUCCACACCCUUGAUGACGCCCACAGCCACUGUCUGGCGCAUGUCACGCACUGCGAAACGACCUGCAAUUCAGAAGCAUUAAAUAAGGCAAUUGGGUUAUGAAUGAAUGCCAUCCAAAGCUGAUGAGUGUCAAGACAAUACUGAAUAUGGACCCAAGGUAUUGUGGAACAUCUAGUAAUCAGUUGAUCACUCAUGAGUGUUGCAAGACCCCUUGGUCUUUGUCUUUAACUAUUUUGUGGCCAAAACAUCUUUCAAUCACAAAGUUCAGUUCUUUAUGGACUUGGAAUACAAAGGCCAGCGGGCAACUAGAUCUACAAGCAGCUGCUACUACUACUACUACUACUACUACAUCUACAACUUUUUUUGCAUGACUCUUUCCCCAGUGAAAACUGCAAAGUCCAAAAACAGCUUUCAGGUGAGGUAAUUUCUCAAGUUCUUCAACACCAAACUGCUUAGAGAUGAGCGAGAACAGAGAUGGCGAGCGAGAAAAGAGAUGGCAAGCCAGCAGGCCCUCUCAGGUCACUUCUACAAAGUCUUCUGAGAAGAAUGGAAGCAGUUAUAAUGGCAAAGAGGAGACUAACUCCACACUGCUGUGAGCUGGAGGGGGUCUUGUGUCAAAAUACUUCAGUUCACGUAUCAGUUUUGCUUGGACUUACCCAGUGGAGGAUACUCAGAGAAGCUUUCAACACACAUGGGCUUGCCAGGAGUCA